AUGUUAUAUGAUGAUAUAAUAAGUAGACCAGCUAGAUUUGCUUUAAUAUAUGCUAAAACUAUUUUAGUAUUAGCAUUAUCUGCAUUAUUUUCAGGUAAUAUGGGACCUGUUUAUGGUACUCUUAUAUCAGUUGGAAUUGGUUAAGUUAUUAAUGUUAUUUUAUCUAUUAUUACAGUUACAAUGAAAGCAUCACCAAUUCUUAAAUUUUUAGGUAUUUUAUUAACAAUUGCAAUUUCUGCUGUUUGUUGGUUUAUUGUAUUAAUGCUUUCUGCAAGUAUGGAAGAAACAUAAGUAUUUUUUAUUAUUAAUAUUAUUUUAGGCAAAUAUGUGGGCAGUUUAAUUUGCAUCAACAUAAGUUAUUGAUCUAAUCAUAGUUGAAUUCCUUGUUAUUUCUCUUAAACUUGCUAUCUAUCCUUGGGCAAUUAAGGCAUUAAAUAAUCCUGAAGAAAGUGCCUCUAAAUUUUUAGCCAAUUUAGUUUUUAUAAUUGUUGCCCAACCAUAGAUUUAGAAGUUUUUUGAGGUGGAAGAUAAACACGAAGAUAAUUUAGAAGCCUGA